CGGGUGGCGUUCUGCAGACGCAUCUUGUACUUUGCAAACGCAGACUAAUUGUUUCGUUUAUUUAUUGACAUUUCUGCUAGCUUGCACUCUGUAAACGCACAUUUUAUUGUUUCGCUGUCCAAGUUUUCCAGCAGAUAUGUUAGUAGUUAAGUACUGACGGUGUACUUUUUCACUGGCAGCGUCUUCGUGUAGCUUUUGGCUGGAUAGAUGGCUUCAAGUCAUGUGCUGCUGGGUUAUUAAUAGGUCCAUCAGUUAUUAUUGCGGAUUGUGUGUUUAUCCGUGCAGAGUGCGCUAGCAGCGGAGCUUACUUUAUGGAAUGGAUGACUUGUAUCCUGAGUCGCGGGGAUUUCUUUGGAGUGCUUAUUUUCAAUUCCAGUUGUCCUUGAUUUGCAUAUAUUUUGCUCCUAAUGCAUAAUAACGUUGUCCUAGUUUUAUUUGCGGUCCCAUUACCCACUGCAUGCUUUUUGUAGCUCCCACUUAGUAGGCGGCGUAAAGGUCGUUGCUGUUUUUAUUUCAUGCAGUGAAGGCAGCAGGUGCUGCUCCUUUGUUUGGAUUCAGUGUGGGGGGGUCCACUACAACGACCUCCAACCCCCAUUUCUAAACACGGCUCUUGCGAACUUGUUGCGCUGUUUCUCUUGUGAGCGACUUUGUGGGGUCUGUGCCCCACACAGCUCAGCCCCUGGCAUCCAGCUGCAGCCUGCCAUGGUGACUGCCACCACUGUCUCCACCUCCACAUAUGCUGCCAAGACGUUUCGCUCUUACUUGCCACAGUGCCAUCGGACUUACAGUUGUGUACACUGUCGUGCACAGCUGGCAAACCAUGAUGAGCUGAUAUCAAAGUCUUUCCAAGGAAGCCAAGGGAGAGCAUAUCUCUUUAAUUCUGUGGUAAAUGUGGGCUGUGGACCUGCGGAAGAAAGGGUCCUGCUGACGGGGCUGCAUGCUGUGGCAGACAUUUACUGUGAUAGCUGCAAGACCACCCUGGGCUGGAAGUAUGAGCAUGCUUUUGAGACCAGUCAGAAAUACAAGGAAGGAAAGUACAUCAUUGAAGUGGCCCACAUGGUCAAGGAUAACGGCUGGGAGUAGAACUGAGCAAACUUGUAAUUUACCUGCACAAGACGGCAAGAACUCUGUGUUGUACACCGUAAUACUAUUGAUAUGCAUGUAUGUGCAUAUAAUGUAAAUAAUAUACGUUGUAUUUAUUAAUCAUAGACAAGGACACACUGCAUUCUGCAGACUUGCAGGGAAGCAGAGUUGUGGAAUUCCAGUGGCUAAGGAGACUCUUCUGACACUGUGAUGGGCAUACAUGGAGUUGGGGGUGUGUGCUCACUUUGCAGUUUGUCACCAUACUAUUCCAUUAUUGUGUAAUGACUGGACAAAGGAAGAAAAAAUGCUGUAGUGGCAAUACAUGGAGAACACUGAUGUUUUGAGAUUUAUGGCAGUAAAGCUGCACUUCAUGUGUUUUGGAAUGAUUCCUGUAGACAUCCAAAAAUACUGACAACAAGCUAGCCAUGGAGUAAAGAGUGUCGAGGAAGACCUGAGCUGAGAUAAUGAAAGAAAGGACAUGAAAGCCUCACCUCAGUUUCUUGUCAGUCACAUAUAUGAUUCCACUGUACUGCCACAAACCCAAAGAUGUGAAUCUUAACUUCUGAACUGUUAUUAUAACGAUUACCACAGAAGUGUUAAGACUGUACUAAUGCUCUGUCUUUGUUACAUUUAGCAGAAUGCGUUAUGCUUCACAGUUCAGAAUCAAUUUCUUUUAUUGAACCAGAAGCCAAUGACCUGUGACAGGUUGCAUGAUGCCCCUUUUGUAUUAAUGGAUAUGUUCCAGGUAACCUUUGAACCAGAAGCCAAUGACCUGUGACAGGUUGCAUGAUGCCCCUUUUGUAUUAAUGGAUCUGUUCCAGGUAACCUUAGUAUUCAGAAGUACUGUACAUAAUAUUUUUGUUAUUAUGGAGCAGGUGUUGUGUUCAAUAAGGCCAAAUUCUUUAAAGCUGUAUAAAACAAUUUAUAUUUAAGUUCUAUGAGAAAUGUAAAAUGCUAAGCUAAGUAUAGGUGCUUAUAACAUUCGUAAAAAAGAAAAGUACAUGUGCAUUCUUAUUAAAAAAAAAAAAAAAAAAAACUGCCAGUGGGAAUACUCAGAGUAAUGGAAAAGCUUCCCACCUACGUUAAUUUCUUGAGGUCAUCAAGCUGUUGAGAUAGUUCUGUACUUUUUUUUUAUUUUUUUUUAUUUACAUUAUGAAAUGGGUGGAUGGUCCAUUUUUAUGUUCUUUGUUGGAAUCUGAUUAACAUUUCUGCAUUUUAACUGUAGUUUUAGCAGUUUCUAAAUGUAAAUAUUUUGGAAAUAAUAACAACAGCAGCUAUGAACUCCUUGUAUGUAAGAAAGGUAUAUACAGCUAUGAACUCCUAUAUAAGAAGAUGUAUCUGAUGGAAACAGGCUACAAGUGUUUUUUUUCUUCAUCUCCUGAAGAGCACCUUGGAAAAUGUAUUGGUAAAGUUAAGUCUGUAAAUAUCUUUAAAGUACAUGUAACUGGUCACAAUAUGUAGACAUUAUAUAUAAAAAUGCUAAAUUGA